AUGGAUGAUCCACAGGGCUCAAUACUUGGUCCUUUCUUGUUUUUAAUUUACAUAAAAGACUUGCUUUAUUUCAUAAGGGAUGAUCACGAAACAGUUUUGUUUGCGGAUGACACUUCACUUUUGUUUAAAAUUAAAAGAGGGCUACCUCUAAAUUACGAUGUGAACAAUUCUAUCGCUAGAGUAGUACAUUGGUUUAACUGGGGCCCACAUAUUGAUAAAUUGUCGCGUAGACUUCGCUCUGCAGCAUAUGCCGUAAUGAAGAUACGUAGGGUUACUGACAUAGAUACUGCCAGAUUAGUAUACUUCAGUGCGCAACGCGUCGAAGCUGCAGUACCUGGACCUGGUGUCGUCGUGGCGGCUGGCGGGCCGCACGCGCGCCGAGACGGCCGCCUUCCUGCGCGGCCUGGCGCUGCUGGUGCCCGACACGCUGCUGGCCGCCUUCGACGAGACCGAGCUCGAGCUGCUCGUCUGCGGCUCCGGAGACCUCAGCCUGGCCGACUGGCGCGCGCACGCCGUGCAGGGCGGGUCCGGUCGCGACUGGGAGCGGCUGAUGGGCUGGUUCUGGGCGGCGGUGGGCAGCUUCACGGCCGCGGAGCGCGCGCGCCUGCUGCAGUUCAGCACCGGCUGCAGCCAGCUGCCGCCCGGCGGCUUCCAGGUACCGCACUGCACCACACUGCACCACACUGCACUACACUAUACCAUACCAUGUUGCGGCACGAGACAUUCAUGCGGAGUUGCUCCCAGGAGUUAACGCCGCGGUACCAGAUAACGCCGGCGGCGGCGUUCGGCGCGCUGCCCACCGCGCACACGUGCUUCAACCAGCUGUGCCUGCCGGACUACGACGACUACGAGCACCUCGUGCGGGCCCUCCUGUGGGCCAUCAACGAGGGCGGCGAGGGGUUCGGUAUGAUAUAA